UAUUUAGUUUUAUUUAUCCUUAUUUAUAUUUAUAGUUUAUAUUGAUUUUUCCAUCAAUAAAUAAUGACAUAUCUUUUUGCCAUAUCGGCUAAAUAUGGAUAAAAUUGCCAAAAUAAUAAUAAUAAUAAAUAUAAAUAAUUGAAUUUUUAAAUAGAUAAAAUGAAAUUUAGUAACAAAUUAAAAAAUAACACAAUAGCAUUUUUGUCAUAUCAGUUAGCAAUUAGAGUUGGUGAUCGAUCAAAUUUAAUAAUAUAUUAUUUUUGACAUACUAGCUGGUAUUGGUGAUUAAAGUUGAUGAACAAUUUUGGUGCACAUAGCAUUGGUAAAAUAAUAAUAACAAUAAUGACAUUUUAAGUAAAAACUACUUUUGUUCUCUGUUCAUUUCUUUCAUGAUUUUUUCUUUUUUCUUGUGGGAAAAAUAAUUACUCUUUGAACUUGAAGCAUGUCAAAACAUUUGAUUUAAAUAAUUAAAAUUCACAAAUACAUUUUGUUUAAAAAUAUAGGUUUUUUUUAUUAUUUUUUUUGGAAUAAAAAAAAAAGGUUAAUAAUUAAAUAAUUAGAAUAAAUCCAAAAGGAAAAAGCCGGGUAAGAUUGGCCGGCAACAAUUCAAAACUCCUCCAGCUUUAGCUUUUCAGUCUCAUGGAGAUUGCAAUCUGAUGAUGAAGUGGCGAAUGAGAGAGACACAGUUGCGUACAUAUGACAAGACAAACAGCGAGCUUACUUAAUUUUGUUAUCGCUUUCUUCAAUCAUGGAAGAAGGAGGUUGGGUUGUGGUGCCGCGGCCUCUACAAGAGAAUCUAUGCAACCCACCGACCUCCGUGAAGAACGAUAAGAGUUCUAACCCUCUCAAGGUAAUCUUCAACGAACCAGCCAAGCAUUGGACUGAUGCUCUUCCUAUCGGCAAUGGCCGCCUUGGUGCCAUGGUUUGGGGCGGUGUUAGUUCUGAGCUUAUCCAGCUCAAUGAGGACACGCUUUGGACUGGAACUCCAGGAAAUUACACUAAUCCUGAUGCUCCAGAGGCUUUGGAACAAGUCAGAAAACUUGUUGAUGAUGGUGAUUUUUCUGAAGCCACUACGGCAGCAGCCAAAUUGACUGGAAUUCCGUCAGAGGCCUACCAGCUUCUGGGUGACAUUAAUCUAGAGUUUGAUGAUUCUCAUCUUAAGUACUCUGAAGAAACUUACCACAGAGAGCUUGACCUGGAUAGUGCAACAGUGAGAGUAAAGUAUUCGGUAGGUGAUGUGGAAUUUACCAGAGAACAUUUUGCUUCUUAUCCCCAUCAAGUGAUUGUGACAAAGAUUUAUGGAAGCAAAUCUGGGUCUUUAUCAUUCACUUUGUCUAUGGACAGCAAAUUAAACCAUCAGUCACGUGUAAAUAGCAAGAAUCAGAUAAUAAUGGAAGGAAGUUGUCGUGGUAAAAGGAUCCUUCGAAAAGUUAGUGCAAAUGACAAUCCAAAAGGAAGUCAGUUUUCUGCAGUUCUUGAUUUGCAGAUUAGUGAUAGCAGAGGGGUAAUACAUGUUUUAGAUGACAAGAAGUUGAGGGUUGAAGGUUCAGAUUGGGCUGUUUUGCUUCUGGUGGCUAAGUCUACAUUUGAUGGACCAUUCAUAAAGCCUUCUGAUUCUAAGAGGGAUCCAACUUCAGAGUCUCUCAGUGUGUUAAAUUCAAUAAGAAAUUUGUCAUAUUCUGAUCUUUAUGCUCAUCACUUGGAUGACUAUCAGACCCUUUUUCAUCGUGUCUCAUUGCAGCUUUCUAAAAGCACCAAAACCGUUAUAGGGAACAGGGUUUUUGGGACAAAGCAAUCUGCCUCUCCUGUAACUAAUUUAGAUUUCAAGGGAAGAGAAGAUGAUUCGCUUUCAACAGCAGAGAGGGUGAAAUCCUUUCAGACUAAUGAAGAUCCGUCCCUAGUUGGACUACUAUUUCAGUAUGGUCGUUAUUUGCUUAUUUCUUGUUCACGGCCUGGAACUCAGGUUGCAAACCUUCAGGGAAUAUGGAACAAGGAUAUGGAGCCAACUUGGGAUUGUGCUCCUCACUUGAAUAUUAAUCUUGAAAUGAACUACUGGCCUUCUCUUCCUUGCAACCUUAGUGAGUGCCAGGAACCCUUGUUUGAUUUCAUUUCAUCUCUGUCAAUCAACGGAAAAAAAACUUCAGAAGUGAAUUACAAAACAAGUGGUUGGCUUGUACAUCAUAAGUCUGACAUUUGGGCAAGAACAUCAGCAUGUCAAGGUGAUGUUGUGUAUGCUUUAUGGCCAAUGGGUGGAGCGUGGCUUUGUACACAUCUAUGGGAGCAUUAUAAUUAUACAAUGGACAAAGAUUUUCUGAAAAACAGGGCAUAUCCUUUGUUGGAAGGAUGUGUGGCGUUUCUAUUGGAUUGGUUAAUAGAAGGAUCUGGAGGAUAUUUGGAAACCAACCCAUCAACUUCUCCAGAACAUUACUUUAUUGCUCCUGAUGGUAAGCAAGCUUGUGUAAGCUACUCAUCGACCAUGGACAUGGCAAUCAUAAAUGAGGUUUUCUCAGCAAUUGUUUCUGCUGCUGAGAUUCUUGAAAAAAAUGAGGAUGAUAUUAUUAAAAAGGUGAAAAAGGCUCAGCCAAGACUUCGUCCAGCGAAAAUUGCUAGUGAUGGUUCUAUUAUGGAAUGGGCACAAGAUUUUAAAGAUCCAGAGGUUCAUCAUCGACAUCUUUCCCACCUCUUUGGCCUGUUUCCAGGGCACACAAUCAAUGUUAAAACUCCAGACCUAUAUAAAGCAGCCAAGGUUUCCCUUUUAAAACGAGGUGAGGAUGGUCCAGGUUGGUCAACCACAUGGAAAAUUGCCUCGUGGGCACGUCUACAUAGUAGUGAGCAUUCAUAUCGCAUGAUCAAACGUUUAAUCAAAUUCGUGGACCCUGAACAUGAGAAAGAAUUUGAAGGAGGAUUAUACAGUAAUCUAUUCACUGCACACCCUCCUUUCCAAAUUGAUGCCAACUUUGGUUUUUCUGCAGCCAUUACAGAAAUGCUUGUACAAAGCACCAUGAAUGAUGUUUACUUGCUUCCUGCACUUCCGACUGAGAAAUGGGCAAAUGGAUGUGUAAAAGGGUUAAAGGCUCGUGGUGGGGUGACCAUUAACAUAACCUGGGAAGAAGGAGAUCUUCAAGAAGUCAGUCUUUGGUCCGACCAUACUUCUGUUAGAAGAUUACAUUACAGAGGAACUAUAGUAUCAGCAAAUAUAUCAUCUGGUAUUCUUCACAUAUUUGACGGACUACUUAGAUGUAGGACAACCUAAUUCUUAAAUGUAGCUUUUCUUUUUCUUUAAGACAGGGUAGGAUAUUUAAAGUACAACUCCUCGUUGACUAUUUCCAUUUGAGCUAUUCUACGAGGGAUGAAUGUAACCUGUUUUACUUAAUUUUAAAAUCACUAGUUAAAGGAGA